AUGCCCACAAGCACAUCACCUCUAUCUGCACUCUCCACUCCACACUCACCUACAGGCAAAAACGAAGGGAAUGAGCAGAAACCUAAUGGAACUGGCAUCAUUCCAACAAGCAGCACAAACCCCAGCACUCAUGAAGACUCAAACUCUUCCUUUGGAUCCAGCAAUCAGCCACACAGCAGCACAGCUGCCCUUACUUCACUCACUCCUGCUACCACCACAUAUAAACCAUCAGUCAUUAUUCAGGCAAAACUCUUCCUGCAAGUCAAUGAGAGUUUUGCCAAAGCAAGAGCUGCAGGAACUGGCCCAGUAAACAGUGACACUGAUAAAACAAACAAUGCUUCCAAUCUGCCACGCUUGCACACCACCUCACCAUCCGUGAACCAUACUCCAACCAGCACUCAAGCAAACAUUUCUCAGCCUUCCUCAAACACCAUUUUGACUACUCCCACUCUCACAACAGUAACUACUACAGUGACAACUCCAAUAUCUUGUGAAAAAAUUGAUAUUAAUGUGAAAUAUACCUACAAUGGUAACACAGUCACUGCAAAGUUGAACAUUCCUGGAAAAAAUAGAACAUACAAUAUUUUCUGCAACCCCACUUGUAAGGUGAAAAACCAAACUAUUGAAGGACUUAAGGAAUGUCUGCCAUAUAACAUUACAGUUGGAUAUAAUGAAUGCCCCAAAAUAUCAUCACAUGUAAUUCAUAUCCCACCUGGGAUCUCUUAUCAAAUACCUUAUCUGCUAGGCCCCAAGGAUGAGACCACUGAUGAUUUCUGGAGAAUGAUCUGGGAACACAAGGCAACAAUUAUUGUUAUGGUGACUCGCUGUGAAGAAAAUAAUAGGAACAAAUGUGCCCAAUACUGGCCAACAACGGAGAAUAGCACUGAAACUUUUGGGGACAUUGUUGUGAAGAGCAAUGAAAGUAAAAUGUGUCCUGACUACAUUAUUCAGAAACUCCAUAUUACAAAUAGAAAGGAGAAGACACCUGGGAGAGAUGUGACUCACAUUCAAUUCACUAGCUGGCCAGAUCAUGGAGUGCCUGAAGAUCCUCAUCUUCUCCUCAAAUUACGCCGCAGAGUUAAUGCCCUAAGCAACUUUUUUAGUGGCCCAGUAGUGAUUCAUUGCAGUGCUGGUGUUGGACGAACUGGAACCUAUAUUGCGAUCGACGCUAUGCUGGAGGGGCUAGAGGUAGAAGGCAGAGUGGAUGUUUAUGGCUAUGUUGUAAAGCUCCGUCGACAGCGAUGCCUCAUGGUUCAAGUAGAGGCACAGUACAUCCUGAUCCAUCAAGCACUGGUGGAAUACAAUCAGUUUGGUGAAACAGAGGUCACGCUCUCUGAACUGCACACCUAUCUUAAUAAUCUGAAGAAAAGAGAUCCUCCCAGUGACCCCUCUCUGCUGGAAGCCGAAUUCCAGAGGCUACCAUCCUACAGGGGAUGGCGGACACAGAACACUGGCAAUCGACAGGAAAAUAAAAGUAAAAACCGGAAUUCCAAAAUGAUUCCAUAUGACUUUAACAGAGUACCAAUUAAACAUGAAGAGGAGAAAAGCAAAGAGAGUGAACAUGAUUCAGAGGAAUCAUCUGAUGAGGACAGUGAUUGUGAGGAAGCAAGCAGAUACAUAAAUGCAUCAUUCAUAACUGGCUACUGGGGUCCAAAAGAAAUGAUUGCAACCCAAGGGCCACUCCCAGAAACGAUCAAUGACUUCUGGCAAAUGAUCUUUCAGAGAAAAGUCAAAGUAAUUGUUAUGUUGACAGAGCUGAAAGAAGGAGAUCAGCAACUCUGUGCACAAUAUUGGGGAGAAGGAAAACAAACAUAUGAAGGCAUAGAAGUUGAAAUGAAAGAUGUCAACCUGUCUUCUAGUUACACCAUACGCGCAUUUGAUGUAACACAUGUGAAGAGGAAAGAAACUCGAAAUGUGUAUUUGUACCAGUACCACAAGUGGAAUGGCUUGGACCUUCCUGAAAACCCCAAAGACUUAGUCAACAUGAUUCUGAACCUCAAACAAAAACUUGCAGCUAAAAGUGUCACUGAGGACAGCAGAUACAGCCGGAGCGUUCCAAUUGUCAUUCACUGCCGUGAUGGAUCUGAACAAACUGGUGUGUUUUGCGCCUUGUUGACUCUCUUGGAAAGUGCAGAAACAGAAGAUGUGAUUGAUGUCUUCCAAGUAGUGAAAUCUCUUCGACGUGCCAGGCCAGGAAUGGUCCCCACUUUUGAACAAUACCAGUUCCUGUAUGAUACUAUCAGCAGCAUCUACCCUGCACAGAAUGGACAAGUAAAGAAAAACAGCAAGCAGGAAGAUACAGUUGAAAUUGACAUUGAAGUAGAUAAAACAGAUCAGGAAGCUAAUUUGAUUACUAUCGAUAUCACCUCACUGGAGUCAGAGGCCAAUCUGAAUAUGGAAGCGCGUGAAGAUUCCAAAUCUGCAGAUGGCACUCAGGGAACAGAAGGCUCUUCAAAUGGACCCAAGACUCCAGUUUUAACUGAGAGUGCAUAGAAAAAUAUAUGAAAUUUGGAUGUACAAAGGCAUCUUAAACAGAAUAAGUAGUAGAGAUUUGAUCUUGAGUUAAUUUUUCAGAGGUACGGUAUGGAAAGAAUACUUGAAAUUUGUGGAUAAUGUAAUGCACUGUGAAAAUUUAAUUUUUGUGUAGAUUUGCAUUUUAUUCCUUUCAAAUUAUUUGAAUUAUUUUUGAUCUUUUUUACAAAUCUGUAUAUUGUAAUGCUGAUUUUCAUUAUGGUCUGGUAUUCAGGAGUGGAAAGAAAAGUCAUGCUACCUUUUUUCAAUCUUAUUUUUUGUUAUAAGAAAGUAAGUAGCCAGGACCGGAAUCUCUAAUAAUGUACAGUCAUAAAUAUAAAGUUAGAAGUAUGGCAAAUAUGAGUUUUCUUUUAACUAAUUAUUGUCUUACUAUCUUUAAAUUGACUUAGUGGGUAAGGAAUAUGGCCUGAAUUUCAGAAAUGCAAUUCCUAUUGACUUUAGUUAGGGUUGUGCUUGCUUUGCAGGUGCUUUGCAGAAUACCAAAGCCAUAUCUGGGCCAUAUCUUACAGCUCCAUUGAAGUCUAUGGGGAUUUACACCAGCUGAGUAACUGGUCCUACACAUCCUUACCUAUCUAGGACUGUAAGCUUUGCAUUUUUCUAACUGGCCUCAAGAUGUCCUCAUUGCUCCACACAACUCCAUCUGAGGCUUCAAUAUCUGACUCUGAAAUAAGAAAGUCCAGAACUUGGAGUAUUGACUGAUUGGAGAAACUCUGAUAGUUAAUUGAAUUGACAUUUGGCAACUUGAGAUCCCAUGUGUUACCACAACUGCUUCUUGUGCUAAUUUUUUCUAAUUUAAAGAGAGAGCUUCUGCAAAAGUGUUGUACCUAUUAUGUAUAUUAAACAUUCCAAAAUACUAUGCUACUAAUAGUACAUGCUACUAGCACAUUGCUGAUUUUAUUUAGUGGUUUCAUAAUAAUAUGAUGAUUUGUAUGUUACAGUUUGGAUUAUUUUACUAUUGCCUUAGUGGA